CACAAAAUGUGGUUAUUUUCCAGUUCUAUAUUCCAAUUAUACUGGAAUGUGUUGGUCAAGCUCCUGAAUAUGUUACAGUUACUGUAAUAUGUAAUGGAACUGAUAGCAGUACAACUUACCAAAUAAAGAAUAUGAAUGAUAUUACAGGAUUAAUAUCUAUACCAUUAAACCACCAGUGUAUUAUCAGUAUUGUACUCAGUAAUGAGGCUGGUAGUAGUGAACCAUUUAUAUUAUCAAUCAAUGCAUACCAUCUUUCUUCUCCUAACAUCACUAAUGUUACUACUAUUGAUACUACUACAACACAAACAUUCCCUACUACCACAGCUAUUUCAAGAAGCUUUAGUAUCAGUACUGUUAUUGUCCUAACAACGUCAUCAGGUGUUGUUAUUAUAUUAUUACUACUGAUAAUAAUGACACUCAUAGUGUUUGUUAUUUUAAACAAAAGGAAGUUAAACAGGUUUGCCUCAUUGCAACAACAACAGGUACCUACUGCACAUAAUGAGGCAUAUGAAUUUAACACUUUAAUGAUUAAUGCUAAUCCUGCUUAUGAAGAAAUAAGAGGAAACAGAGGAGGAGCAGUUAACAUAUGAAUCAUU